GGUGAAGAUGACAAGCUUUCCACCUCUCAGAGCCUGGCUCCUUUUCUGACAAUACCGUCUGAAUGAACCGAUGUCUUCUUUACUGGGGAAAUAGAUCGGAAGAGAAGAACAUUUUCUUUUAAAAAUUUCUGAUUAAGAAGAUUGUUGGGAAGCUCUUUCUUUAGAAGCUCAAAAUUGUGGCACAGAUGGAUUUUAAAAAGUGUUAGAUCUUUCCAAUGAACACUAAUAGAGUACUCUGCUCUUGGCUGGAUUUUUCAGAGAACGGCCAUGGUCUCUGCGAUGUCCUGGGCCCUGUACUUGUGGACGAGUGCCUGUGCCGUGCUGCUCUGCCACGGGUCCCUCCAGCACACCUUCCAGCAGCACCACCUGCACAGACCAGAAGGGGGGACCUGCGAGGUGAUCGCCGCGCACAGGUGUUGUAACAAGAACCGCAUAGAGGAGCGGUCGCAGACGGUCAAGUGCUCCUGCCUGCCUGGGAAGGUGGCGGGCACCACCAGAAACCGGCCUUCCUGCGUGGACGCCUCCAUAGUGAUCGGGAAGUGGUGGUGCGAGAUGGAGCCCUGCCUGGAGGGGGAGGAGUGCAAGACGCUGCCGGACAACUCCGGGUGGAUGUGCGCCACGGGCAACAAGGUCAAGACCACGCGGAUUCACCCGAGAACCUAACAGAAGCCUUUGCUAUAGUGGAGGAAAAUCAAGUGGUGGAAACACAUUUUGAGAAUUUAAAACAUCUUACGCACUUACAAGCCAAAUGGAGUUCCUUUGUGCACUUUGGUGGCCAGAGAGCGUCAGCGGGCAGCGGAGCAUCCUGCAGGGAGCGGACUCGGCUUUGCCUCCGCGACGUGCUUUGGGAUCCUGAAGGACGACCUGCUCUCUUCCCGCUUGGAUCGGCAGUCACUUUGUACCAUUUGAAAUAUAUGUAUCUGUAUAUAUAUAUAAUAUUUUGAAAUAUCAUAUAUUCUCUGGAGAAAGGAGCAGAACCACAGAGUGAGACGCCCAGUGUGCCCCUGAGUCUCCGAUGUCUGUCGAUUUCCCUCGGUUUGUCGUUUCUUUUUCCACUGGUGAGGAAGACGUGCCCUUUUGAGAACUCAGCGUGGCAGUGACCCUGGGAGGCGGCGGCAGGUGGACUGCAGGACUCUGAGGCCUCAAGGCCGCGCCGAGCUGGAGCCCCGUCCCCUCUGGAUGGCCGGGCCCCACGGCGCCCUGCCGCCCUGCCCUCCGCGGCGCGACCUCAGCAUGCAAGCUUGGCUUACGUGACCACACCUUAUAUUCAGCCGAUAGACGGCGACCAUGCUGACCGCGUCAGGAAAAUGUCCUUAGCUCUGCUGGCUUCUCCGCAGGUCGACCGCAGGCAUCGAGGGAGCUACUCUACCGCGCGGCUGGGACCGGCAGUCGUGGUGGGACGCGGUGCCCUAGUCAUGAGCCCUGGACCUACAGAGGCCGGGCUGGUGCCGCUGCCCUGGCUGCAGAGCCGCCCGCUGAGCUCGUGCCCAGCCGCGCUGUGGCCCCCGGCGCUGACCAUGGCGCCUCUCCCCGUGUGCACUCUGCUUGCCCCCGAGCGUUCGGGCCUCCCCGGUGGGGGAGCUGGGAAGGCGGUGGAAGCACCCAGGCCUCGGAAGGAGCUGUGAGCAGGCUGGG